AUGUAUUCGAAAUAAAAGAAUCAAACAGGAAAGCCUGAAUGGGUUUCAUCAUUUGUGGAUUAGGAUCGUUACAAGUUAUCUUAGGCUGAAUUGAUGUAAAAGAAAAUUAGUUUAAUGUCAAAACAUCGUAUGGAAGCCAAAGAUUAAUGGUAAUAAGUAUAGGAAAAGUUGAAAAAUAAUGUUAUGGAUGAUGACACUUAAAAAGUUUUGAUUUAUCAAUAAAAUAGAUUUAUCUUACAGCUUUGCAUUCUAAAGGUUUAAAUAAUUCAACUUCAAAAAGAAAAAAUUUAACAUAAAUGAUUGAAUGGGAAAAAUCAGAAAGAGCUCAUUCAUAAUGUUAAUUUAAACCAGAUAUACUUGAAUAAGCUAAGAUGUUACUAUUGGAAAGUGAAAGAGGACAAUAAAAUUAAGAUCCAAACUUUCUAAAUAAAAUUAAAUAAGACUUGGAAGAAACAAAAUCAUUCGUUGCAAAAGUAUAAUAUCUAUUUAUUAUUAAAAGGCUUAAAGAUUGAAGAAACCUGAAAAAAUUUUAAAAGCCUAAUAGGAAAAAUCAGUUGAUAAAAUCAAAUAAGAAAUUAAAAAGUCAACUACUAAAUAAAAUUAGAUUAAUCAAGAAAAAUCUUAAACCUAAGAAAAUUAUGGGUUUAAUGGCAUGAAAAAUUUAGAUAAUGUUAUUUCAUUCUUAGAAAACACUUUAAAUUCAUAGGAAGUGUAGAUUUCAUCAUUGAAAGAAGAAAACCCUUUUCGUAAUGCAGCUUUGACUGAUACAAAGACAAUUUAUUCAGAAAUUCCUAAUCUUUCUGCUAAUAAUACUUAAAAUAAAUUUUAUUAAAAAGAGUAAAAUUGUUUUGCUUAAUAAAAUAUUUUAAAUUAAGAUGUAAAACAAUAAAAUAUUUAAUAUUAAAAUAAAGAGAAUGAUAUUACGAAUUACAGGAUUUCAAAAGAUGAUUUUAGUAAUUUAAAUUAAUCAGAAAUACCAAAAAAUGAUAUACCUAAAUAUGAAUAAUUUAAAAAAGAAAUAAUGAAAAUAGAAGAAUAAUAACCUACUCAUUCUGUAUAACAAAGAUUAAAUUUCGAUAAAGUUCACUUUACUAUAAAAAAUGAAUAAUCUUUUGAUGAUAAUAUUGAUUAAUUGAGAUAAUUGCUUGAAUAAACAAGAUAAGAAUUAAAUUAGAUGAAUUUAUAAGACUCUAGUAUUAUGGAAUAUGAUAAUAGUCAAAGAGAAAUUAACAUUUAAUUAAAUUAAAUAGAACCUUUGCAUCAACAACAUAUUAAUUAUUAAAAGAUUCAUAGAAAGUAUAAGAAUUGUGAUACUUUUGACAUUAAUGACCAUUUAAUGUGA